UGAAGUUCCCCACCUACUUUUUCUUGCUUCUUUUGACACACAAUCCGUAAUUGUGCUCUUCCAUGCGACGUAACUUAGACAAUAAAAUACCCCGCUUUGCGUGCGAAACAACAAACAUGUUGCAGUGCCUGUUUGCAUAUUCGAAUUGACACUAAUACGCGCUGUCGAAAUGAGAUGUCAUACGUAGCCUGGCUACGUCUCUCCACAACGCGGCACCGUCCCUGUCCCCGAACCGUUCGGUUCAGCGCAAGAGUUCCACAGCGACCACAAGCUUUUACUUGUUUUGGAACACUUUGUGAACACUGUCAAGCUGCGGAAAUGCGAGACGAUGCUAUCGCUGCCGGAUGGGGAGCCGAGCCCAAGUUCACUCCCGACGGAAAAUAUGUGCAAACGUACAUUCCUACGCCGGCUUCGAGUCCUGCACGCCCCUCUACACAGAACAAAACCUUCAACAUUCUAGGAGCUGCCAGUCGCAGUGGCGAGAAUGACAUCGCGCCUAUGCCGUCUUCGACGCUACGCCUGUCAAACAUACAGGAGACCGACUCUCUGACAGUCAUAUGUAACAAUCUUUCGAAGUUUGGUCAAAUUGAUAAAAUCGAGCUCGAGAAGAAACCGACAAAAGAACAUGGCGGGUCGGCUAUCAUCACUUUCGUACACAUUCAGCACGCUAUAGAUGCUAUGUCUCGCAAUGGCAAUGGGCGACUUAGCGGCCGGGUACUGGAGUAUUUCCAUCCUGAACGUCCCGCACAAAUACGAGGGAGCUCCAGGAUGCGUUCGCUGACACCUAGCCGGGGUAGAUCCGAAACUCCAUUUAUGCCCAAUGCAAACAAUUCUGCAGGAUACAACCGUGCCCCGACGCCCCAGAGUGGAUUCCAAGUAGCUAACACGAGUGCAAGCGCUGCUGGCAACCGUGCACUGCCGGCACCCGUGAACGAUGUGUCACAUACGGAUUCGCCUGCCAACGGGAGCCCCAGUCCGGAGAAACGAGCGCGCACUCUCCUUAUCCGCAAUGUGCGGCCUAACACAAGGAACAUGCUAUUGGAAGAGUUCUUCGCAGAAUUCGGGCAGUGCCGUGUAAUCAAGGUCGACAGUAAUUGUACGGAAGUCGAAUUCGACACUGAGAAGAAUGCCAAAGCGGCCAAAGCUCUCGAUAACAACAUCUUCAAUGGGCAACUCAUCAGGGUUUUGCUCGCAAACAGCAUGGUCGAAAGACCAUUGCCCCGGUCUUCCAGAUCACCAAAACCUGAGUUGGCAGCCUAUAUAACGGCGCAUAAAGCUGCUGAUCAGGCAACUGAAAUACCCAAGCAGACGGACUUACAAGCGGAAGAACUUCACGCGGAAAAAGACCAACCGGAUCCACGCACUGUCCAUCCCGCGGCAAUGCAAGAGGAAAAGGAGGAUGUGAACUUAUCGAGGGAAAAUCAAGCUGAGGAAUCCCGUACAGCAAACGAGCCGCCUGCUAGUCAAGUUUAUCCGGCGUCGGUUACUGAAGAUCAAACUCACACCCACUUGACGGCCGUGCACCCCGCGACAGCUGUGGCAACCAUAAACAAUACCAAAGCCGAUGGCAAUCCGGAGAAGCGGGCAAGACAGGAUUCCCCGCCUUCAGAAGAAGGAAAUGAGAAUCGACAAACGACGCGGCCUGUCAGCAAGAAAGCCAAGCAAGACGAACGUCCGGAAUCCGCCAAACCGACGACAAGCACUCAUGAAAGUCAAGCGUCUAUCUCCAAAAAGCGAAGCUUUGACGACGAUUCACGUCCCAGCAACCCAUCCGCACCUCCGGAGGCUGCCCAGGAAAGCGGCCGCGACCGUCCUAUGAUGCAAACCGCACGCCCGGUUAUUGCUACCAAACGGUGGACUUCAGUGGACUGUCGUCCUUCUCUGUCAGGAGAAGAGCCCUGUUUGGAAACUGUGAUGGGAGAUAACAACUCGACUCGCACCUCGGAGAUCAACAUGCGCCCCGAAGAGCAUGACAACAGCUCUGAAAAGCGUGAUAAUACCAGGAUGUCGUCGUUUCACGAACAGACUGUGUCAAGACCGGCCCAACAUCAUGUGGAGCUCGCGCCGGCCUCGGCUUCCAAGAGGAUUUCGACUAGAUUCGCAACGAUGACAGCCCCUUUGGCGCAUUCAGAGUCGCGCAAUCAUGUUGAAAAGGAUAGCUGUCGAAUCAACAAUGCUGUCGAGGAAGGAAAGCCCUUGCAGACCACGGCAUCAUCGGCUAAUCAAGGGGGCAAUGUUCGACAGUCUGCAGCUGUAUCGGUAAGAGUAUCUGUUCCUCGACAUGCAGCUUCGACGCUGUUCAGCGGGAAUCGCGCACCCGCCUCGGUGUCCAACACGGUGCCAGCAUCGUCAAUGGCAGUCGGAUUUCCCGAGGCUCCACAUGCACGGGCAAACGAAGCGUCCCAACAAGAUGUUCCGACACAGCCCAAUGACACAGGCACAUCUUCUGCUGCCUGCGAUACCAACGAAGCAAGCGUGAGUCUCAACAAAGGCCGCGUCCUCACCCUUGCUGACGGCCGUGGGCUUGGCGAACGUAAACGCUCUCCAUCUGCGAGCUCCGAGGAAAUCUUGGCGCCCGAGCCUCCCGCACCGCAAACUACCGCCGUUGAGACCCCCGCGACGGAACCCAACCGCACUAUGUCGGAAGGAACCGAGCAUAAGCGUCGAAAGAAGUUGAGCUGGAGCGAUGACGCGGAUGCUUGGACCACGCCAGUGUGGGAAGGGGAGCUCGUCCUCUCUUUGGGACAUGGCAAGUCAUUGGGAAAAGUUAAGAUGCUGGCACAGCACCCACGAUCUACGACGGUGGACAUGGGGCAGAGGCUUACGCUGGAAGUUUCGGACGAGGAAAUCAUGACCGUCCAGACCAAACUUUUGGAUGAUCCCCGGGCGCGAGUUUUCUUGAUGCAGUCGGUUUGUGGAAACGUCCUCGGGGCGAACUUCGUGGAUGCCGAGGGACUUAUCAAAGUUGGUCUCCUCUGCCUGGCUGGAGACCAAGUGUUCUGCGUGGUCCCGAGCAUUGCCUUCACCGAUCCGCCCGCCAGCGUUGGUCGAUUUACGGCUCAGGGAAGGAAUAAAAGCGCUUUCGACAAAAUGCUCGUAGCUGUCUACCUGGAUCGCCGAAAGCCAAUGCCGCAGAUGUCUUUGUCUCGAGCGUUCGACACUGAACAUUGGCGGCUGACUGCCGUGAUUGCGCCCAUUGGAUGGACAAAGCAAAAUGCUUCGGGGACGGAUGACGACGCUGGAUGGUUCGAGCCUACUUCACAAAUGCAGCAAACCUACCACAAGGUAUCACAAAGGCAGCAAAUCUCGUACCGCGAUCGCGAUAUUCGUAGUGUUGCCAAGUCCAACGAUGAGGGCGGGGUUUUCGAACGAGCCAUGCAACAACGCCAUCGCUUUCUUGAUCCGGAUGAGCAUCACGUUCCUGACGAGACACAUGCAUUCCGACCGGAGAAACAUGCAAAGUAUCCGAAAUUCCCUGCUAUUCCCGACAUCUAUCAAAUGGAAAACUGCACAGAGCGCGGACGAGAAGUCAAAGGGUUAAGGCCUAUCGAUCCCCACAUGCCUCUGCAAGACUUCUGGCGAAACAGUAAUCGCAUGUUCGUGUUUACCGAUGUCGAUUCUGGCUUCAUCAGUCUGUCGAGAUGGAUGAGGCAGCAGUACAACGCCACUUCGAUCAAGCCAUCCGACAACGUCGAUGUAGUCAUGGUUCAGGAUGAGGAGGUUACCAGCCCACCCGCCUUCGAUCCUCAACUCGUCCCUGACACUCCGAAGCCAGCAAUGGUCGUUGCGCCAUCUUCGCCGCAGCCUCCCUUCAAGACCACUGCUUGGCGAGGGAUUAAACGAAUCGGGCGCGUCAUGAUACGGCUAGCCUUCUGGACCUGCAUUGCGGCAGGAUGUCUCCUCCUCGCCGUCUUAGCGGUUGAUGCAACGUUGGAGGCAGUGCGCCCGAUGUCAAGCUCCGAAGCGAACAAGUACGGCCAACCGAAACCCAGGAUGAGCGCAGAUUUCCGAACACCUGCAACUCCACCGCAGAGGAUCAGGACGACCCCAGCUAUAUUGAACAAACCGGGCUCAACCGUCAAAGUCGAUAUUCAACAAUUUCCCCUCAAAAUCGAAAAACAGCAGAUUCGAGAAAGAAUCCAACGCUUGCAAGAUUUGAUUUCUCGCAAUAGAAGCGCAAUGCAAGGUGUUUCCGAUGCCACCAGCCCCGGCGCCGAGUUCAGAGACAAAUGCAUGGAGACGGAUAUGGAACUGAAGUCGAGGAUUCUCGAAUUGCAGAGUCGCCUCAUCGCUCUAGAGUCUUCAGAAUCUGGCGGCUUUUGAGGGAAGCUUUUAAAGGUUUUCAUUUCGAGGUUCACCUCUAUCAGCAGUCUAUUCGAAUUAUGUAUAGCGUGGGGUCCGGGCCGCAGAGCGAUCAUCAAACAAACGAUUUCGAUGAUCGAGC